ACUACAGAGAGGUGGAGCGGCGGGUUUCACGGCCACUCUUCAAAGUUUUUGCGGUCCAGCUUUGGGUUAUCUAACGGACUCAGUUGAUUCAAACGCCUUUUAACCUUUUUGGAGGACUUUUAGAAGAAACCAUGGUGGUGAAUUCCGUCCACUGGUUCCGGAAAGGGCUCCGGCUGCACGACAACCCGGCGCUGCAGCGGGCGUUGGACGGAGCGGACACCGUGCGCUGUGUUUACGUCUUGGACCCCUGGUUCGCCGGUUCCGCCAAUGUCGGACUCAACCGCUGGAGGUUCUUACUAGAGUCCUUGGAGGACCUUGACUCAAGCCUCCGCAAACUAAACUCAAGGCUGUUUGUGGUGCGGGGACAACCCACAGAUGUCUUCCCUCGCCUGUUUAAGGAAUGGAACGUCACACGGCUGACCUUCGACUACGACUCUGAGCCGUACGGCCGAGAGCGCGACGCCGCCAUCCUCAAGAUGGCGCAGUCCUACGGGGUGGAGACACACGUCUGCAACUUGAACACUCUCUACAGCCUGGACAGGAUCAUAGAAAUGAACAAUAACACUCCUCCCCUCACCUUCAAGCGCUUCCAGGCCAUCAUCCAGCGGCUGGGCCUCCCUAAGAUGCCUGUCCAAACGAUCAGCCCUCAGCAGAUGAACAGCUGCAGCACUGUCAUCUCAGCCAAACAUGACCAACAUUAUGGAGUACCUUCCCUCGAGGAGCUUGGUUUUAAAACACACAGCUUGGCUCCGAUAGUUUGGAAAGGAGGAGAAACCGAAGCACUGGAGAGACUGAACCUGCAUGUGAACAAAAAAGAAUGGCUGGCGAACUUUGAACGUCUACGAACGGGAGCAGAUUCCCUCAUGGCCAGCCAGACGGGCCUCAGCCCCUACCUGCGGUUCGGCUGCCUCUCCUGCCGAGUGCUCUACUUCAGACUCAGGGCGCUCUACAUGGAGGUCAAACACUUUGUGAGGAAAAACCACACACCGCCCCUCUCGCUGUACAGUCAGCUGAUGUGGCGGGAAUUCUUCUACACGGUGGCCACCAACAACCCCGCCUUCGACCGCAUGGAGGGAAACCCAAUCUGUGUGCAGAUCCCCUGGGACCGCAACCCCGAGGCACUGGCUAAGUGGGCAGAAGGGCAGACAGGCUUUCCCUGGAUUGAUGCCAUCAUGACUCAGCUGAAGCAGGAGGGCUGGAUCCACCACCUGGCCAGGCACGCCGUGGCCUGCUUCUUGACUAGAGGGGAUCUGUGGCUGAGCUGGGAGUGUGGCAUGAAGGUGUUUGAGGAGCUGCUGCUGGAUGUAGACUGGAGCAUCAACGCGGGCAGCUGGAUGUGGAUGUCCUGCAGCUCUUUCUUCCAGCAGUUCUUCCACUGUUACUGCCCCGUGGGCUUCGGGAGGAGGAUAGAUCCUUCAGGAGAUUACAUCAGGCAUUACAUCCCCAUGCUGAGGCACCUCCCAAACCAGUACAUCCAUGAGCCGUGGAGUGCCCCGCUGUCAGUGCAGAGAGCAGCAAACUGCAUUGUGGGAAAGGACUAUCCCAUGCCCAUGGUGUUGCAUGCACAGCAGAGCCGACUCAACAUCGAGAGGAUGAAGCAAGUGUACAAACAGCUCUCCAGCUACAAGGGCCUCAGUCUGCUCGGUUCAGUUUCGACACUGCAGGAAGAAAUCGAAUCCUCAGCGACGAUCGACACAUCAAAGGCCACGAGCAGCACAAGCACAGGCACCAUGGUCGUCCCAGACUCGUCCUUUCACUCCGUUCAGGAUGCUGCAGUCGCCACGACGACGAUGGCGACGACAACCACAUCUGAGCUCCUCCCACAGAGGAAGAGGAGUUUCCCUACGGAGCAUGAGCAAAUCCCCGAGAAGUGCAGACCACCAAAACUUAUCUGGUGCGCUGGAAGUUCACAGCCGUGACAGACUGCCGACUGUAGAAGAAGGACGUCGUGCAAGUGGAGCAGCUCCUCACGGCACCACACCUUGCUCUGUAACUACACACACACUAGACAAAACAUAUGCAGGAACCACUAAUAAAUAACACAUACUGGACUUUGGUUUAGCCAAGCUUUCAGCUGAUGUUUAAGCGCACAGGUGACCGUGAAUAUUAAUAAUCUAAAUCAGAUGGGCAAAUGAAAUCUAUGAACGAGAGAAAACACUUACAGCUUACUUUGUUUGGCAGUAACUCACUGUCUAUCUAAUCUUUUUUAUGUCUUACUGGCAGGUUAUAUGUAAAUAUAGCUUACAUUAGCUAUACUUGAAAUCUCUGGUAGCUGCCAGAAAAAUGGGUAAAGCAUUUUUAUCUUUUUGUUUAGUUGCUAAACAACAGUUGUUUUUCUGCACAUUGUUUUUUAAAGAGCGAUCAUUGUUUUAUGGAUUUAAAGCUAACUACAUUGCUCCAAUGAGAGGAGGUACAGAUGGUUUCAAAGAGCAUGGCAUCUGACUUUGAGGUAAAUUUCAGCCCACACAAACUUGUAUUUUUGGAGCUCAAAACUGCUCGGCACCGCUGUCGUCCCUUGACAUUAUUUAUAUUUUUCAGUAUUCAUUUUGGAAGCAGGUGCCUCCAAAUUCUUUUUUUACGCUCUCCUGAGAAACUUUUACGUUCUCUUGCAAAAUGUUUACAUUCUCCCAAGGAAGUGUGAUUUUUUUUUUUUUUUUUUUUUUUUUUUUGUGGAAAUGUCAUUGCACCUCCAGGUCGCUGUCUGUCACUUGGUUUCUCGCUCUGCAGUGCAUAAAUGUGUUGAGAGAAGCCGGGCGUUGUGUGCACUAAACAGUGACCUGGAAGUACUUUAACAUUUUACACACACGCGCACGCACACACACACACACACUCCUUUCCUUAAAUAUUGGUGAGUCAAUGCAAAAGUUUCCUAGGUGAAUGCAAAAGUUUUGCAAAAUGAUGCAAAAGUAUUUAAAAAACUACCUUUUCUCCAGACUUACUUUUUUCUUCCCCAUGUCACUUUAAAAAAAAAGUAAAGUAUGGAGCCCCUGUAAUAAUUAUUAUUUUUUAAAGGUUUAUAACUUAUAUUUGAUCAUAUUUGAUCCUUUUAUUAGUGACUAAAGUCUUUGUUGUUGAAUUAUUUGAUAACUAAAAUGCAGUAUGAAUAAAUCCACCGAGGACGUCACAAACUCAGCCAGGUGUGCCAAUAUAACUUCAUUCUCAUAAUUUUAAUUUGCAUUAAAAUCAGGUGCAGUCAUAACUGCACUUUUGUGCACAAGUGCAGUUGAUAUGGUCAGAAAUGUCUGUCAUUUCUUUCCCCCUUAUGAAGAUUUUAUGUGGUCUUCAGUGAAUUUUUGUUUUGCCUGAUUUCAAGGGACGACACUGAUACUGAGCGGCUCAGUUUUGGGUUUGUGUGGUUCUUUAGUUGCUCAGAAGAUAAGCCGAGCUAAACCCGACUGCUAGCUACCUCAGUGACAGAAAAUGGGUGUAACCAUCUCCUCCUGCUUUAUGAAGGAAUGUAUUGUUUUAUCAUCUGGAAAUGAGAGUUGGUAAUAUAUCUUAUAUGUGUUUGUUCAAUACCUGUGUCUCUGACAAUAUGACAAAAUUAACAUCUCACAUCACA